GUGGCUGCUUCUGUGGUUUUCCCAAAUAUUUAUUUAUUUAUUUAUUUUUGUUUUAUUUUACUUAUUUUUGAAUUCCCACCUGCUGGGCAGCUGCAGAUGUCCCAGCACUGGGCUUGGACCUAGUGGAUAAAUGCCUAGCUCUGUCUUGUGGAGUUCAAAAUAUCUAAUGUCUCUGCAAUUCUUUCUAAAUUUGUGCCCCUGUCCGCAUGUCCUACAAAGACAAGGAAAUGGCAGCAGCAGGGUGUAAAAGGCUUCCCAGCCUGCCCGAGCUGGGGUCAGGUGGCUCUGGGAACACAAAAGGUGAUGAGGAGAUGCAGAAAACCUGAGCACUGAGGGCCUAAGUAAAAGCAGAAGGGAUGGGUUCCUCCUGAGUUCUUCAUAGCUUCCCUGGGUGGGCAGAGAUGUGCCCUGCUGCUGUGCUGGCAGGACUUGCAGGGGAAGAGGCUUGCCAGGAUCCUGGUGAAGGUAACCCUGUCACAGUGGGAAUGAGCAUCCAUAUCUCCAGCAUUGACCAGAUCUCUGAAGUCAACAUGGACUACACCAUCACCAUGUACUUCCAGCAGAGCUGGCGGGACAAACGCCUGGCAUACAAUGACCUUCCUCUCAACCUAACCCUGGACAACCGGGUGGCUGACCAGUUGUGGCUGCCUGACACCUAUUUCCUGAAUGACAAGAAGUCCUUUCUGCAUGGAGUGACCGUGAAGAAUCGCAUGAUCCGGCUCCAUCCUGAUGGGACUGUCCUAUAUGGCCUGAGGAUCACUACCACGGCUGCUUGCAUGAUGGACCUGCGGAGGUACCCCCUGGACCAGCAGAACUGCACGCUGGAGAUCGAGAGCUAUGGUUACACGGUUGAUGACAUUGUCUUCUUCUGGCAAGGAAAUGAUUCUGCUGUCACGGGGAUGGAGGUGCUAGAACUGCCCCAGUUCACCAUUAUCGAGCAGAGGCUGGUCAGCAGGGAAGUGGUCUUCACCACCGGUUCAUAUCUGCGCUUAUCCUUGAGUUUCCGGAUCAAGAGGAACAUUGGUUACUUCAUUCUGCAGACCUACAUGCCAUCUAUCCUCAUCACCAUCCUGUCCUGGGUCUCCUUCUGGAUCAAUUAUGAUGCUUCUGCUGCACGAGUGGCGCUGGGGGUCACCACGGUGCUUACAAUGACUACCAUCAACACCCACCUGCGAGAGACUCUCCCCAAGAUUCCUUAUGUCAAGGCUAUUGAUGUUUAUCUCAUGGGUUGCUUUGUCUUCGUGUUCCUGGCACUCCUGGAGUACGCUUUUGUCAACUACAUAUUCUUUGGGCGAGGCCCUCGGCAGCAGAAAAAACAGAGCGAACGGAUCAGCAAGGCUAACAAUGAGCGCCACCGUUAUGAAGAGAAGAGGGUGAGAGAGCAGGUUGACCCCUAUGGUAACAUCCUCCUCAGCACUCUGGAGAUGAACAACGAGCUGCUGGCCACGGACAUGAUGAGCAGCGUCGGCGACUCUCGAAACUCUGUCAUGUCCUUUGAAGGCUCAGGAAUCCAGUUCCGGAAGCAGCUGGCCUCUCGGGAUGGAUUUGGUCACCACCCAACCCUGGACCGCCACGUCCCGCUGACCCACCAUGCCGCAGCCCGCAACCGUGCCAAUUGCCGUCUCCGCCGGCGGUCAUCUAAGCUGAAGCUCAAAAUCCCAGACCUGACAGAUGUCAGCACCAUUGACAAGUGGUCACGAAUCAUUUUUCCAAUCACCUUUGGAUUCUUCAACCUUGUUUACUGGUUGUACUAUGUAAAUUGAUGCCUGCAGCCUCCAAGAGAGAUAGGGACAGACACUCAGACAAUGACAACACAGGAGUGUUGUGGUCUUUUGGGUUUGGGUUUUACUCUUUACUAUCAUUAUCAUUUAUUCCUUUGAUUCAUUAGAUUUAUUCUAAGCUUACUCUUCUCUUUUCAGCACAUGUAGAACCACGGAGUGUUGGGGGGGAUAAGGGAGAGAAGGGUAUAUGGGAGGGGAUUUGGUUUCAGGGAGGGAUGUGUUUGUCUUGAUUUUGGUUUCCUGCUGAAGGACUUAAAUCAUUGUAAAAAAGAAAAAAAAGAAAAAAAGAAAAAAAAAAGAAAAAAAGGAAAAGAAAAAAAAAAAGAAAAAAAAAGAAAAAGAAAAAAGACAUAAAAAGAAAAAAAAGAAAAAACGACAACAAAAAAAGAAAAAGUUUUAAAUAGGGGGGGAGGGAGAUUUAAAGAAAUUGAGUCAAAAACUGGUGGGGGGGAUAGGUUAUCUUUGGCUGUGCUCACUAAUGCGCUAUCCUCACUUCCAUUUCACUACUGAAUUUCAUCUUUCUCUUCUCAGUAUUAUUAUAUUUUUUUAAUCUCUCUUCUGUCGCUGUUCUUAACCCCUUCAUGUUUAUUCUUUCAUAGAUUCAUGAGAUAGUGGGUUUUCAUUCUCAUGCUAUGAGAUUUCUCUUUUCUUUUUCUCUCUCCCUCUCUCUUGCUUACAAGCCUAAAAGAAUCUUUUAAACCAACAAAUAAAAAGAAUAUUUAUUUUGGAAGAGCUGGGAAGGGGGGAGGACAGGGCAAUUAUUUGGGAGGGAAGGGGCAAUGUGGGGAAUAGGGGGGUGGGAGGAGGGAGCUUAUCAAAAGCAAAGGCACAUUUGCAAGUUGCCUUUUUCCACCUUCAGGAGUCUGCAAGAUGUUUUUCCUGUGUGAAUGGGUGUGGGGGUGUGUGUGGCGCAUCUGUGUGUGUGUGCGUGUGGAUGUGGAUAUGGAUGUGUGUGUGCAAGCAUGUUUUCUGGGGUGGGGAGCUGGGGAGGGGGGUUUUGUAAUGUCUUUUGUAGAAAGAGAACUCAGAUGACAUUUAACCGGCAGUGUUUUGGGGGGAAUAGCAGGGUUUUGUUUGCUCAUUGCAACUUAGUGAGGUUGGAGGUUGGAAUCCCAGCUUGUACUAGAGAAAUAGGGCUGGGGACAGUAGAUUGUGCAAAUAUACUUGCUGAGGAGAGAGAGGGCUUUGUGGAUCAGCACUGGGAUGGUGCCAUUGUCCACUGCUGGCAUCUGAUCUAAACUGGUUUAGUCCUGAAAUGAGGGCUUGUUCCUAAUCAUUUCCACCCUGCAUAUUUCUUACUGAGUUUUUGGGAGAAAAGCAGGACUCUGAAAACUCAGCCAUUUCCCCCCACUACCUGCUCUUUUUGCCAGACAAGGGACUUCACACUCCAGUCCACCAAGUAACCAUAGCCUACAGCAAGGUGCAGGAAGGGGUGGACGUUGUUUAACUUGUUGUGCUUCAGGAUGAAAAAAAAUCCAGAAAUGAUAACUAUUCCCUUUCCUAAGAACUUCAGAAGCAAAUAGUGGGCUGGCACCCUCUGAUGUGUACUGCUUCUAUCUGGCCUUGCUUUGUGUCUGUUAAAACAUGCGGAGUGUAGAGAAGAGGACUCUGUGUUCCUUCCUGCAGAAGAUGCAACUAAGGAUACAGUAGAGUUCUGUGGAGCAUCAUCCCUCUGGAAGACAAUGGUCUUCAAAAACUGGGCAGGCUGAAGGUUGCAAUGAAAAUGCUGAGCUUGUCUGUGCUUGUGGAAGCCCCUAAGUCUGUAGCAGCUUACAUCCACAGGCACAUUAUUAAGGUACAGAAGGGUAACUUGGCCUUGGAUGGCAAGGUCAACUUUUUUCCAAAGGAGCCAGUGACUUUCAGAAAAUCACUGAAUUAUUGGCCACUUUGGCAAUCACUUAUGAUUGAUAAUCUCCCUUAUAAUGUUAAUAAAAGCCAUGAAUAUAAUAAAUUCACAAGUGCAAAACUUUAACCUUAGGGUCAUUCUGCCAUUCCUGGAGUAAUGAUGAGAACCUUUUUCUUACCUGAUAGAGGUUUUUACAUGC